AACUAUAUUACCCAGAAAUCUACGCCUUGCCGGUUAGUUGACGACGUGGCCGACGCUCUUGUUGAACAAACCGGGUUUAUUCAAACUUUGACGGGGACUAAAGGAUCUUGAACAGUUCCUUGUUCAGAGCAUUUUUGUGAAACUGAUAGCAACAGCAAAUAAUAAGAAUAAGUUAAUAUUGUCUUAGGUAGCGAUUCGCAAUGUCAGGGAAAAUCAAAAGCCGAAGUGCAGCAAAUGCCGACUCGGUAUCAGGCAGUGUGUCUUGUGAUGAGCGGAUUUUGCGAGAUUGUCAUCAGCUGUAUGUCGAUGCUGAUAGUGGGUUGAUAUCUAUUGCCCUGUCAGUUGGUGUGACACUGCUGCCACCAAGGAAAAAGAUCACCAUUAUGCUGAUGGGGAACCACUCAGCUGGAAAGAGCUCCUUCAUCAACUGGUAUGUGGAAGAGCAUAUCCAGCGCACAGGAGUGGCCAUCGAGACACAAGGCUUCAGUUUUGUCACUAGCGGGCGCAAAAGAGAGUCCCUCACAGGAAAUGCCACCCUCCAUCUCUAUCCACACUUUAAACCUCUGCAAGAGUUUAAGGGCGUGUCAGAGUACUUGAGCACGGAGGUGUGCACGUCACGGCAAAAGCGUUUCAGCCUGGUGACGUUUGUGGACUCACCGGGUCUGGUGGAUGGAGACAUGAAGUAUCCCUUUGACGUGGACAAGGCCAUUAUGUGGCUGGGUGAGCUGUGUGACCUUAUCCUGGUGUUCUUUGACCCUAUGGGGCAGGCAUUGUGUAAGCGCACACUUAACAUUGUGGAGAAGCUCAACGAGAACCAUGGGGACCGUAUGCGUUUCUACCUCAGCAAGGCGGACGAGGCCGGGGGAGAGUCAGACAGACAGAGAGUGAUGAUGCAGAUUGUCCAGGAACUCUGUAAGCGACCCGGACUAAACAAGUGUGGCUUCGACAUGCCCACCAUCUACAUCCCCAACUCCAGCAAGCAAAGUCGCUGCGUAAACCAGAUUGAUGAGGUGUGUCGCACCGUAGAGAAGACCAUCAACCAGACUGUCCAGACCACGCUCAACUCUCUGGAGAAAGACUGCAAGCUCAUCAUUGAGGCCAUCACCGAUACACUCAGCAAUGACAGGCAAACUAGUGUGCAGAAUGGGAGGGCCCGCUGUAAAGGCUGCCUGUUGGCCCUGCUUGGCUUCAGCAUACCGCUCCUGCUUAUGGCUCUGUUGAUACUGGGCAGCCUCUCCAGAGAGCUGCUGGAGGUGGUCCUAGGGGACCAGGGAACAGAGGCUCUCUCCCUCUAUCUGACCCCCAUGGUGAAGGUCUUUGAGUCUAUGUCCAUGGAGCAACAGUUGUACAGUCAUGGCAGCCUGAUCUUCCUGUCCUUCAUCUUCCUCCUCCUGGCUCGUUUCUCCUUCCGGACUCGAGCUACUCUGUCUGGUCGACAGAAAAGACAGUUGCAGGAGAAGCUGGAAUACAUUCAAGAGGUGGUCAAGAACAAGAAGAAAAAGCUGUAUGAAGAAUAUCUCCGCCAGAGUGUGGGGGACCAAGACAUGGACUUAUAGAAAAGACUGAAAGUAUUGAAAAGAGAGUACACCACAAAAAUACCAAUAUACCAUUACCACUGUAAAAGACCAAAUAAUCUGUAGGUUUGAUACUUUUCAGGCUUCACUUACCACACUAUGCCUUACUGUGUCAUUCUUGUGUGCGGGGUGAUACAUGGGAAAGGUAGUCCUUUCCCAUACCUUGUCCUUUGAAGUGAACUACAAGGCACCUAAACAAUACUGUAAGCUUAUAUUUAACCCUGCCCAACUCUGGCACUGUCUUUGUAUACUGUCUUAAGUAUUGAUAGAAACAUGUUUUAUAAUGACACUCAUGAGGCUGCCAUCUUAAAGUAGUACCUUGUUGUAUUGUGAGAGAUUCUUACUAACCCUAAUAUGAGGAAAGAUUUGGUAAAUCAUUCAUAUACUGCAGGAUCGUCAAGUUUAUUACUUUUUUGCCAUCUCUGGAGCAUGUUCUGGAAUCAAUGCUUAAAAAAAAAUGUGGUCUUAUGAAAACUAAAUGAAAACUAAGUAAACUGAUUGCUCCUAUGUAUUGGAGUUUCGCACCAUAUAAAUGGGUAUAUGUGUUUAUAACUGUUUACUGUAUGAUAAUAUAAGAUUUGUAAGUAGGCACGGUGCUUUCUCCAAGAAACAGUAUACUAUUCCAAGGUAAUAGAUGUGGGUGUUUAUUUUGGUUCUUGUUAUUACAUUCUUACCGUCUCAUUCUUUAUGAUCUGAUAAAGUCACAGAUUGUCACAA